UCAGAGAAUGUCCUGUCCUGUACUGGGCAUGGCGAGACGGAGGGAUAGUUCGCUCCAUGGAGAAGAGUGCAGGACUAUCACGUGGACCAGUUUCCUUUUGGCUGUUUGGAUGGAGGGUGUCAUGGAGCGAUAGAAGGAUGGAUGUGUAGCUUGAGAGAUCAGUGGUACUGAGUUGAACUAGCACGGUAGAGCGGCGGCUGCGGUCUCAAUACAGAGUUAGAAAGAGCCAUCAAUGUGGUAGCUCACUUCACAUUUAACGAAGGAAUCCUUUAAAAACUAUUUGUGUUACAUUAGCCGUACAAUGCUUCAUCUCAUUCUGGGAACCAUGGUUAUGUUGAAGAUUUCUGCUUUCCUUGUUGCUUAUGCCCUGGUCAUUUGCCAGAUGUACAGCUCACAAGCAGCCCCCUCCAGACCGGGCAUAGAGUCCAUGACAGACCGAGUCACCCUUACGGACUACGAGGCAAGGAGGUUACUCAACGCCAUAGUCAAGGAGUUUGUGCAGAUGACAGCCGAAGAGCUGGAGCAGCAAGAGAAUGAAGGCAACGAAGGCAACAGCAGCGUUACAGCACAGAAGCGAGCCUGCAACACGGCCACCUGUGUGACUCAUCGCCUGGCAGACUUCCUGAGCCGGUCGGGGGGCAUGGGCAACAGUAACUUUGUCCCCACCAAUGUGGGCUCCAAGGCUUUCGGCCGGCGGAGGAGAAACACCCAGAUGUGAACAUUCCGACAACCUUCAGGGAUACGAGGUUGAUCCUUCUUAACGCGAUGACAUCAGAACAUAUCUGGGGGAGAACAACAAAACAAACAAAGAGAAAAAACACACUGGCCCCUUCAUCCACUCCCCCACAUCUACAGAAAUAAACCCCUUCCGAUAUUAGGACUCCUCCUCUCAAUACCAUAAUGUUAUGAAACUUUAAUUUAGCUUUUGGCAAACCAGAGAAAAAAAGGGGGAGAAUGACAGCAACCUCCAUUAUGUACAUUGACAGCUGAAUCCCCAAAUCCCAAAGAAAAUUUCCAGAUUCCUUUUUUAUUUUUUAUGACAUGAAAUUCAUUUAAAAUGAAUUGGAAAAAAGCACCAGUGCUUAUUUAUUAUGAUUUAUUCUGUCUAUAGAGCACAUUUGUACCAUGUGAACCAUUCUCCCCGUCACUCAUCCCUCCCUGUUCCCACCGGCACCUGUUUGCUGUGCUGUGCCCUGCAGGGAUCGACAUUAAAGAUCAGCCUUCCCUAGGCUCCCUCACAACGGCUGUGUCUUGUGCCUUGAUGUAAAACACUUUACAUCACAUGACUGUAUAGUAUGUAUCAAGAUUAUAAGAAGACCAUGAAGAGAAUGACACCGGGAAAAAAAUAUUAAAGAGAUUAAUAUUGUAACAAUUGUGAAUUUCAGCAAGAUUAAAAUGUAUUUUAGAUACA